CCCGCUGCUCCCUGGCGCGCGGAUGCGGCGCGCGGCCGCGAAGGUGACCCGGGUGGUGGGAAGAGCUUGUUUUGCCAACCAUGCCCGGGCUGCAGAAAGCCAGGGGUAUCGUGGCUUCACCAUUAGCCUCCUUCUGUCGCCUUUUUUUCUCGCAGAUAAGAAGCUGUUCAGCUCUUUCAGCCUCAUCAGUCAAGCCAGUGAUUGCAGCCAAGGAACCUUUUCCAGUGGACUUAAUAGCAGAGAAACGAUAUGCUUGGUGUGCUUGUGGACACAGCCAAAAGCAGCCCUUCUGUGAUGGAACCCAUAAGAAAAGUGCCCCAGCAAUGUCUCCCCUGAGAUUCAUAGCUGAAGAAUCAAAAAAGGCCUGGUUAUGUGGGUGUAAAUACACCAAGAACCCUCCCUACUGUGAUGGUACCCAUAAAGAAGAUUUUGUGCAAAAGACUGACCUCCGUUCUCAGCCACAGGCUGAGGCCAUCCUCUUGACUACUUCAUUAAAGAAAAGAUUAGCCAGUUGUGAAUGGAAGGUGGACUUGAAUUCAAAGGAGACCUGUGAAUGAAAUUAAAUAAAUCAAUUUAUAUUUAUAUGGCUUCUCACCUUGUAAACAACUCUAGAUAGCAAACAAUAUUUAAAAAAAACUACAGACCAAGCAGUAGGAGAAGCAAGAAGGAACUGCCAGUGGCAACUGAGGAAACUAGUAAAUAACUCGUCUGGCUUUAACUGAUCAAUUAAUACCCAUGCCUGAAAGAAUAGCCAUGACCUAAAGGCAUUCCGAAAAGCCCACAGAAUGGGGUAUGACCUAAUGCCAGGUGACAGAAUUUCUAGAUUAGGGAUCAGUAUUAGUGUAUCACCUUUAGGGGAAAAACAACACUGGAAUUUGUGUUUUCAGAUAA